GGGUUAAAAUUAAGUAUGAAAUUUCUUUACAUUCUUUUUUUUUUUUUUUUUUCCCCAAAUCUAGGUGGUGUUGGUUUUGAUAUAAAUUGUGGUGUUCGUUUGCUGAGAACAAAUUUAAUGGAAAAAGAUGUUCAACCCAUUAAAGAACAACUUGCUCAAAGCAUGUUUGAUCACAUACCUGUUGGAGUUGGAUCAAAAGGAAUAAUUCCAAUGAAUGCUAGAGACCUUGAAGAGGCUUUAGAGAUGGGAGUAGACUGGUCUCUUAGAGAAGGAUAUGCUUGGGCAGAAGAUAAAGAACAUUGUGAAGAAUAUGGCAGAAUGCUAAAUGCUGAUCCUGCAAAAGUUUCCAUGAAAGCUAAGAAGCGAGGAUUACCACAACUUGGAACGCUUGGAGCUGGUAAUCACUAUGCAGAAAUUCAAGUUGUUGAUGAAAUUUAUGACAAAAACAAUGCUAGUAAAAUGGGUAUUGAUUGUAAAGGUCAAGUCUGUGUUAUGAUACAUAGUGGAAGUAGAGGAUUUGGACAUCAGGUUGCAACAGAUGCUCUUGUGGCAAUGGAAAAAGCUAUGAAACGAGAUCAGAUUGAAGUUAAUGAUCGGCAGUUAGCCUGUGCACACAUUAAUUCACAAGAGGGUCAAGAUUAUCUUAAAUCUAUGGCAGCGGCUGCAAACUUUGCUUGGGUGAAUAGAUCCAGCAUGACAUUUUUGAGCAGACAGGCCUUUGCAAAAGCAUAUAACACCACGCCAGAUGAUUUAGAUAUGCAUGUUAUAUAUGAUGUGUCGCAUAAUAUUGCCAAAAUUGAAAAACAUUACAUUGAUGGAAAAGAAAGAACUUUAUUAGUUCACAGAAAAGGUUCAACAAGAGCUUUUCCACCUCACCAUCCGCUUAUACCAGUUGAUUAUCAGCUUACUGGACAACCUGUACUUAUUGGUGGAACUAUGGGAACAUGCAGUUAUGUAUUAACUGGAACUGAAAUGGGAAUGCAAGAAACAUUUGGAACUACAUGCCAUGGUGCAGGACGAGCUUUAUCUAGGGCAAAAUCUCGUAGAAACCUGGAUUAUAUUGAUGUUUUAAAUGAGCUGGCUGACAAAGGAAUCUCAAUUAGAGUAGCUUCUCCCAAGUUAGUCAUGGAAGAAGCUCCAGAUUCUUAUAAAAAUGUUACUGAUGUUGUAGAUUCUUGUCAUGAAGCUGGUAUUAGCAAGAAAUGUAUUAAAUUAAGACCUAUUGCAGUUAUUAAAGGUUAACUGCUGGUAUGCAGUUAGAAUUAUAUAUUUA